UGCUGCGCUUCGCUUCACGGCCGCCACCGCCGCCGCCGCCGCCACCGCCGCUGGACGGACGAACGGACGGACGGACGGACGGACGAGGGAAGGAAGCAAGGUGGGAAGAGAGAAGUGGCCGAUCGCGACGAUAGGAGACUCUUCAUCAUGUCGCACCACAUCGUCACUGUCUGCGUGGUGUGCGUGUUGUGCGCCGCACACGUCCCCUGCUCGGCGCACACGGAUCUGUCGGCGCCGGUGCCCAGGGUGCCGGGCAACUCGACGAACCCUGGGAAGCCGGUGAGCCUGGAUGCGCAAGGUUACAACAUGCUGCGGACGCUGGAGAGGAGGUACAAAGAGCAGCAGCAGGAGGAGGCGACGUCCUCGGCUAGCUUCAGCAGCAGCAGCAGUAGCAAGCGUGACGCCGUGCAGUACAACGAGAAGCGGCGUGUUGUUGAGGGAAACGACGACAUCGUCGCGAGCGGCGAGACCUACGUGAAGAAGAAGAUUACGAAGGACUUGAAGGGCGGCGGGAGUGCACAGGACGUGAGAACAUUGACGGGCGAGAGCGCGUCCGCCGGUGACUCGAGGGAGCUCUCGGAGCGACUCGCGCGGAUGAGUCGCGAGCCCGCGGGGAUCAGUGAAGACUCACGUGGCGUUCAUAGUUUUAGACUGAAGAGGGACGUAGCCGUGGACGAGGGCUACUUCAUGAGGAAGAUCUUCGAGGCCUACGGAGACGGGACGAGCAUAACUAUGAGUGGCUUCGAGAAGCUCGUCCGCAAGCUAGGUCUACUAAGGUUGUUGAACGAUGUGUCCACGUCGGAGGAUGGUGGUAGUGUCGAUAGAAGUACGCGUAAGGACCAAUUAGGUAGUAAUAAGAAUUUUGCGAGUAAAGGCCUACAGAAUGCAGACGGCACGAGCGGGAAGGAAAAGUGUUUAAAUAGCCAGGAAUUGUUGCGUACUGUUGCUCAAAACACACACUACUCCGCCGCCGGUGAUAACAGCACGACAUUGCCCGGCUGGCUUUUCGAGCGUGUGUGCCCGGCUCUCGUGUAUCAAUUGACGGCCGAGUCCAGCUCGGAGAGGAACGGCUGCAUACGAGUGCCCGAGAAUUACAAAUUCGAGGAUCACGAUCGAGGGGCGGCCGAUAAGUUUUACACCGCAGAGGACUUGGCGCGCAACACCAUGCAAGUCUGGCUCUAUUCGACAAUUAGUAUUGUUAUAAUUAGCCUUAGCGGACUACUCGGCGUAGCGGUAAUUCCGAUUAUGGGAAAGACCUAUUACAAUCAUGUGCUGCAGUUUCUAGUCGCCCUGGCCGUAGGUACAUUAACCGGCGAUGCCUUCAUCCACCUAUUGCCACAUGCGAUGAUGUCGCCUCAUCAUCACGAGCACGACGAGCAUCACGAGCACGAGGAUGAGCACGAGCAUCAUCACGGUAGCGGCGCGUUGUCAUUCGAUCACGAGGCGCUGCACAACCUGAACAUGUGGAAAGGGCUGGUAGCGAUGAUGGGCUUCGUGUUAUUCUUCUUCACCGAGAAGGCGCUGACCAUGAUCGCGGAAUGGCGGAAACACCGGCAGCGUCGUAACAAGCUGCCUACACGCGUGCGAGUGAUGAGGGAGAGCGAUGGCCCGAACAGCAAUGUCGUUGGCGAGAAGCUGUGCAAACACAAAUAUUCGUCGUAUCCGUACUGCUACGGUGAGAUCGCCAAUGACACUCAAGGAAUGUGUUUAGAUAAUCAUCACAAUCGCCAAAUCAAUCACCAUGAGAGGCCUCCCGUUAUCGAGGAGGAGAAGCCGUUGACGUCCAACUGUAAUUCCGUGACUAAGAUCGUGACGAGCGAUCGUGACGAGAUGGAGAAGAAGCCGAAGGAGGAUUGGAGACUGGACGACUCGAUUGUGAACAACUCCAAGAAGAACGCGGACGGUGCCGACGUGUCGCUAAACGAGUCGGAAAGCUACACGGUCAUCAUACGCGAGCACGAAACCAAGCAUCACGGACACAGUCACUCGCAUGGGCAUGUACAUUCCGCGCCCGAGUCCAUGUCUAGCGUGGCCUGGAUGGUGGUGAUGGGCGACGGUUUGCACAACUUCACGGACGGCAUGGCGAUCGGUGCUGCUUUCUCGGCCAACAUUGCGGGUGGUUUCUCAACCGCUAUUGCAGUCUUUUGUCACGAAUUGCCUCACGAGCUUGGCGAUUUUGCGGUGCUGCUAAAAGCGGGAAUGAGUGCCAAACAGGCAGUUUUUUAUAACUUAUUAUCUUCGGUGCUCUGUUUUUUUGGCAUGGUAGCCGGAGUCCUGCUGGGGAGUACUCCUGCUGCGACCAGCUGGGUAUUUGCAGCUGCUGCUGGAAUAUUUAUAUACAUAGCGUUGGUAGAUAUGAUACCGGAAUUAUCAUCGAGCCAUUCCGCGGAACACGGCUCGCGGUGGCAAAGUAUCCUGCAAGGUUUAGGACUGAUAACAGGCCUUGGAAUUAUGUUACUUAUCGCACUCUAUGAGCACGACCUUAAGCACAUUUUCAGUGACUAGUAUUUUGUAAGUAAACACCGUGUAAUCGUGCUGUUGUGGUGCCGUUACUGCAGAAUAAUAUAUUGGGUUGUUCGGAAAGUAAUUUCGGUUCUUUCAAAUAGAUAGAUGUGAUAGUUGCCUUCUUAAGCAGUUAACCUUAUUCUACGAACCUCAUUCCAGAAAAUCAUUAUACAUAUUUACAACGCAUAUUUGAAGCUUCAUUUGAAAAAAAAGUUGUCUUGGAAUCUGUCAAGUUGUUUUUGUUUGGCGUCGCAUCAAAAAUGGAAAAUCAACGUGAGCAUUUUCGUCACUUUUUGCUUUUUUAUUACUGUAAAGGCAAAAAUACAGCGUAAGCAAGAAUUGUGUAAGCACAAAUUGUGUGCCCUGUAUGGAGAGGAUGUGUUGACUGAACGCCAGUGUCAGAAUUAGUUUUCGAAAUUUCGUUCUGGGAAUUUCGAUCUCAAAGAUGCACCACGUUCUGGAAGGCCAGUUGAGGCUGAUGAAGACCAAAUAAAGACAUUGAUGGACGCAAAUCGUCAUUUAACAACACGAGAAAUUGCUGAGAGAUUGAAUUUAUCGAAUUCGACCGUGCAUGAGCAUUUGAAAUAACUUGGUUUCGUUUCAAAGCUCGAUAUUUGAGUUCCAUUGAGUGUUUCGAUAUUUACGUUCUCGAAGGAAGAGAGAUUUGGUUCGUCGCAUUAGCAUCUGUGAUUUGCUGUUGAAACGUGAGGAAAACGAUCCAUUUCUGAAGCGACUCCUAACUGAAGAUGAAAAAUGUCUUGUGUAUAACAAUAUUAAACGUAGAAGAUCAUGGAGUAGAUGUGAUGAACCAGCUCAAAGCACAUCGAAAACUGAUAUCCAUCGAAAGAAGGUGACGCUCUCUGUUUGGUGGGAUUCGAAAGGAAUGGUUUCUUUUGAGCUACUAUCACAUAACCAAACGAUUGAUUCGAAUGUGUAAUCAAUUGAACAAAUUGAAUGAUUCCAUCAAGCAGAAAAGAUCAGAAUUAGCGAACAGAAAAGGUGGCAUGUUUCAUCAUGACAACGCCAGACCUCACGCAAGUUUAAUGACUCGCUAGAAGCUGUUAGCGCUUGGAUGGGAUUUGCUACUGCAUCUACCAUAUUCACCUGAUUUGGCACCAUCCGAUUGUCACUUGUUUCGGUCGCUACAAAAUUUGGGGGAAUAAAAAUUUCGUUUGAAAUGAAAGUGUCAAAAACCACUUGAUUCAGUUUUUUGUCAACAAGGACCAGAAGUUCUACAAGCGUGGAAUCACAUUAUUACCUCAGAGAUGGCAAAAGGUGUUAGAACAAAAUGGUCAAUACUUAAUAGAACAAAACUUCUCUUUCUAAAAAUAUCAUCCUUCAUUUUCAUGCAAAAGACCGAAAUUACUUUCCGAACAACCCAAUAUCAGAAUAUAUCUCUUUGUGUUAUGUGCUCGAGUGAGAGAGAGAGAGAGAGAGAGAGAGAGAGAGAGGGGGGGGGAAGAGGAGGAUCACUGCAUCUUCUAUCUGAUUUCAGUGCCUAGCCGCUGUUUUGUAUACUUAAGAUUAGUAGCCGAAGCAAGUCGUUCCCCUGAGGUGAUUACCGUUUCACGUAUCCGCCAGAAAGAGCGCGGUGAGGUCACAAGCUGAUCGAGUGGUGAUUUAAACGCUGCGACAAUAUCCGGUGUAGAAUCGUCGAGAUGAGAAUACUUCAAGUAUUACUACGAAGGUAUUAUGGGUAUUAGGUUCCAAUGGAGACACCUCGAUUUUUGCCAAUCGGACGUAAUACCUGUAAUCGAGUCGACCGUCUUGUUCUUUAUACAAUUUCUUUGCAAUGUCUUUCUCCAAGGCUCCUGGUCCCUCGCUGCAGAAUUCUCCUUCAUCGAUGACGUUCAAAGUAAAGUACUACUUGAAAUUUCUACAAAAUAUGGAUGAGAUAAAAAGACAUCUUCAUGAGACGACACUGUCGAUCUGACUAGUUCUGUAAAACAGUUCGAACGCUUUCCUUUCGCUCCAAUAGUCAAUAAAUUAUCGUGAUGUUAAGGUGAUAUGCAAGUCCGAUUAAUUACCUACAACCUACUCUUGUUGUUUUUCACGAUUAUGCGUCAUUUCGUGAACAUUCUUUUUUUUUUCUUAAUUUCAGAACAUAUUUUGCAGAAAUUUGGAGUAUACGUUUUCUCUCCUUUAGAGUCCGAAAAUCUAAAUGGCCAUGGCGAACAGCCAGGAGCCCCCUGAUCGCUUAGAAAUGUCGGUUUAGUUUGUCGAGUUGAAAUAAAACUACAUCUGUUGCCCAUUUGUAUUAAUAAUUCGUAUUGAAAAUACUUCACGUGCUUUUCGAAAUCGACGCGGAUACCGUAAGCCACGAUGAGAAGAUGGCGCCUAUCGUUAAGAAAGAUCUUAGAAUUAUCCGGUGCCUACUAGAGAAACUUAGAAAGGCUGGAUAAUUCCGAAAUAUUUCCUUCUUCGUGUUAUGUUGGUGAUCUAAUUUCGGUUAUCCUAAAUUAUCGUGAGAUACAUAACAUUUUUCACUGGUCUUAUAUUGAACCGAUCAACUUGAGUCACGCGGAUUUAACGGUAUCUAAUCCGAUAGUUCUCGCUUAUCACUUGUCCAGUAUGAAUAAUGAGACACGAAUACGUUUUAAAUAUUAUUUGUUUGCAGCAAUCUCUUGUGAUUCAUUUUCUGCGAGACAAUGUUUAUUUAUAUAUUAAUGUAUGUAUUAUCAUAGACACACACACACACAUACACACACACACACACACACACAUACACACACACACACACACACACACAUACAUCCACGUAAUGACUUUAGCAUUGUCAAUAACUUUCUCGCAGAUUUAGAUUUAUUACUAAAACUGAAUUAUUUCGGAAGAUGGAUAUAUUUAGAAAAAACGACAAUUCUUUACACAGGAUAACGGAAUAGAUGCCCGCUAUAAACACGCUUCGAUCGCUGAGAAAUUCUUAACGUUCAUGCGAUCAUUUUCUGAUUGUCGCCGUAUCUUCGCAUCAUAUAUAUAUUUUUUUUAAUAAAAUACAUGUAUUUUUUAUUAAAAAAAAAAGUGCGUGCAUGUAGUCAAUCGUUUGCAUCUGAAAAGUGUCUGAAAAUUUUUUUCUCAGUAUUGCUUAGACGGAAGUAUCGUACAUGACAAUAUUUGAUAUAUUUAUGUAAUUUUCACACAACAUGAGUGCUUAUUUUUUCGCCAAAUAUUAAUAAUAACGAUAAUACUAGUGAUAACGAUGAUAAUAAUGAUGAUCACGAUAGUGAUAAUAUAAUUUUACGAUUUUAUACAUUAUUUUGUAUUGAACUAUUAGGAAAUUAAAUUUUUCUCUCGUAUCAUUAUUCAUAUUUUACUAUUAUGAAUAUAACGUACGUAUAUUGGAUCCGGAUGCGUACAUCUGAAGCAGCCGAAACUGUGGCGUGAUUCUCAUAUUUAUCCGCUUUUAGCGAUUCUGUACACUCGGGUUCAAAUUUUGUAAAGAAUAUUUUAAUUUCUACGAAAAAUGUCUCUGUCAUUUAUUUGUCUUUUUUUUUUUAAUGAUGUAUAUCACGCUGUAGUACAGAAUUUUUGACCUAACACAUUUGAAGUAUAUCUAUAAUACAUUGAUUUUUGAAAAAAUAGCUUUAUUUUGCCAACUUUAACGUAUCUCUACUUAUACGAUAAAUUACAAGUUCCUUACGUCGCUUUAUGUUCCGCUCCUGCGUGUUUUAGUAUUAAUACAGCCAAUAAUAGCAUAUUAUUUUCUACAGAAUGUGUAAGGAUGUAAAGAAGCGUUACAUUCUUGUGAAACGAUCAGUUCUGUUCGGACAUAACAUAACCGUAGCUAAUCCUGCGCUGCGCUAUUAUUGUUAAUAGAAUAAGUCACUUUCUGUUGGAUCGAAAGGCUUGGGUGAUUUUUUAAUGUUAAAAAUAAACGGAUUAUUUUUAUCGUGAA